AUGGACGGGGUCGAGAUCGAGGGGUCGCCGUUUGAGGUGUUUUACAGCGCGCCGUUGGACGGGCCGCUGGUGAACGAGCGUCGCGCGCGCGGCGUGCCUCUGUUGGCGCGCGGGGAGCCGGCGCCGGCGGGGGUGUGUCGAGACUUUUUGCUCGGCAACUGCGACAGGGUGAUUUGCAAGUUCAAGCACGACGUGCCGCCGCCGCCGCCGCCGCCGCCGCCCGGCGCGAGCGGAGGGGACGCGGUGGGCGUGGUGAACGUGCCGCCGCCGCCCGUGCCGGAGGAGCUCAGACGCACCGCGCACGUGUCCAACUACCCCGUCGGGCUCACCACGGAGCAGGUGAAGCAGUUGUUUUCGUUUUGCGGCUCCAUCGCGGAGUGUCGAGAGGGGGGACCGGGGAAGAACUUUUGCUUCAUCGAGUUUGAAUCAAACAAAGAAGCGCUCGCGGCGUGCGCUUUGAACGGCAUGCAAGUGGGCGGGAGGAAUCUUCGGGUGGAGCUGGCGAAGACGCCCAAGCUCUUGAACCCGCGCUCGUUUAGCCUGGCGCCGGCGCCGGCGAAAGUUGACAUCGACGCCAAGGCUGCGCAGAGCGAGGCCGCGGCGCGCGCAGCAGCCAUCUCUGCUCGAUUAGCCGCGAAGGGAGGGUCGAGCGUGCGACACAAGCCCUAUUGA